AUGUCGCAACUAUGCUUUGUUGUUAUAGAUGAGCAUCCAUCGAACAAUAAGAAAUCGGAUUCUAAUGCGAAGAGUCAAGCUGAAAGUUUUCUUUCUAUGCAAUUUGAAGACGCUAUCAUUAAAUACUAUAACAUUCUUGAGUAUGAAUGGCGCUUCCCUAAACUAUGGGGUCUCGAGCAGCAGGCAGAUGAGAUUCUUCAAGAUCUCGUCAAAGAUGAUAAUCUAGCUUUGACACUGCUCUUGGCUGCGGCAAGUUCUCGAUAUCAGAUUGUUUCUUCAUUGACCAAGUCAUUGAUCUUCUUCGGAGCUCUUCAUCGAGCCAAAUCAGACUUGGACGCUAGAAAUUAUAUAUUUCACCGAGUAUCUACAUUAGCUUCUAGGGCGCAUGAUUCUUUUGCCUUGGCUCAGGCUCAUAUAUCUGCCUUUCCGGCAAUUCAAAGAGAUUUCAUUGCAAUUUCGAACAAUUACAGAGUUAUCAAUUUCAUCGAGUCUCAAUCUACAGAAGUAGAUUAUCUGGCUAUGGAUGAGUAUUGUUCAACAAUGGAUGUUUCAAUGGAAGAGAAUAUCAUGACUUCUUGGAAUUAUACAGGAUUAUGGGUAUCCACAAAAGAAAACCAAGCCAUGAACCAUCUAGUGCGAGUAAUCACAGACAUGAUUACAAUGGAGCCGAAAAGCCUUUACGACCAAUCCCAACUAUACCUGGGCAAACUUUCUACUCGAUUGGCAGAUACAAUUACCCAUUCCUAUACUCAGAGCAUGCUACAAACAGAAUCCGAGAGCUGGAUUACGGACAACCCAUCUUUCAUCCAGUGGAGAAAGAGUACCGUGAAUGCUGUUUUGCAUAUUGAUGGCAAGCCCGGAUCUGGCACGACGUUGCUGAGCUCAUUUAUCCUAAACUUCCUCAAAACAAAUCUCACUUUCAAAAAUCAUGUUCUGCUCAAAUUCACCAUUACUUCGUUCGGAUCCAGCUCAUUACAGCUCACAGUGAUGCUUCUAUCACUGUCUCAUCAGAUUCUCGCACAACGACCCGCAGUAUUUCAACGAGUAUCGUGGCUAUGCUCCUGGCUGUUGAAUGACACUGGAGUUACCUUUACUAAACCCAUCGCAUAUUCAUUGCUUUCAGUUCUCAUCAACUUACUUGAUGAACCCAUAUUCUGCGUCAUCGAAAAUAUACAUUUAACAGCCGAUCCUUCGGAAUGUCAGCAGCUACUGAUCGAUGUGGCUACAACCAAACACUCUGCUAGCCCGCUGAGAAUUCUAGUCACAAACGAGUCUUAUAUGCGUGCACAUGCACAAGAGGCGCCGUAUAACGACCAAGGCACGGCUGCCCGAUUUUCAACGUUAAACGAACAAGGUGUGGCGUAUCUGCCUCUUCACCUUCAAAGCGAGCAAGCCAUGUUUACCUUUAUGAAACAGUCAGUGCAAGAGGGCAUUUUGCGUCUUACUGAAGAAAAGCCAUGUUGGGUAGAAUUAGAAAAAGACAUACAAGAGAAGAUUUGUAUUGAAGGAACAACUCAACUUCUGGCAAUGCAUCAAAUCGAUCUGCUGCGAUACCCUGUGCCUCCUACCACAAAGCUAUCAUUAAAACAGGUGCUGGAGCACCUUCCUUUAACCCUGGAGGAUUUAUGCACCCAAGCAUUGCCACUGCCGUCAGCGUCUAGCGAGACUCAGGAAGAAAAAAGGGCUCUUUCAGCACUAUGUUGGAUUGCGUUCGCAUUUCGACCGUUAGAGGUUCGCGAGGCCGCCAUUGCCUUAGCUUUCGACAACGAGAGUAUCAAUUCGAUACACUCAUUGAAAGACAAUAUGUGGAGUGAUAUUGUAGGAGACCUAUCAGCUAUCCUUGGGCCUUUACUAAGAGUCGUCGGCAAUCAUCUUUAUCCUAUUCAUCAUACCAUUAAAGCACUACCCGUUUUGGCCAGCGAAAACAGGGCCUUCCACUUGAAAGCACUUGUUACAUGUCUAAAAUACCUUCGAAUUAUCCUCACAGAAAACUACUCGGAUAAUGUUGAGCAAACCCACGUCGAAAAAAUGCGUAUAUCAUUUGACAAUCCCGAGUGCGAUUUACUCCGCUACAGCUCUAUCUAUUGGCCUGAUCAUUUUCGCAUUGUCUUCUCCAACGAGCCAUGCUGGGGCCAAGACGCUGAUACAACACAACAAGCUGCAGCUAUGAACCUUACCUACGAGUUCAUCAAGUGUAAGCCGCUGCUUGAUGAAUGGUCUAGAGCCUACAAUAUAUUCUUUCCAGAUAUUUACGGGAGUGACGCAGUCGACCUAUUCGACAUUACUGGUCUUACAGUUGCUUGCAAAUUUGGUUUGCUACCGAUUGCGCAAAAAUAUGCCUCCGAUGAUUCCAAUUGCAUCUCAGCCACCGAAUAUACAAAUGCUUUGGAUAUAGCAGCUCGCUUUGGACAUGCUGAUAUUGUCAAAUGGCUACUUUCUAGAGGCACGCUAUCACCACGAGCUAUCUACCUUGCAUCUAUAGGAGGCCAUGUGGAUGUCGUUAAAGAGCUUGUUCAGAAGGAUUUCCAAGUGGACCAUGCUGAUACUAAUGGCUAUACAUCGCUCCUUCACACAGCCAGAUUGGGCCAUUUGGAGGCAUUGCGCUUUCUUCUACAAAACGGGGCUUCAACCGCAAAAAAGUACCAAGAUGAUUCAACUGCUCUGCAUUUUUCUUCACGAAUCGGGCACCUGAGUGCUGUGAAAGAGCUCAUGGACCGGUCUGAUUGCGGAUGUGUAGACAAGGAAGGAUACACUGCCUUACAUAGGGCAGCUGCCGGCGGAUUUUUCGAAGUGGUAGUGUACUUUUACCCACGAUACAAGGAUAUUCGAAAGCUAUCGUGCGUCACCAACAAUCACGACACAAUUCUCCAUCUUGCCGUUGUUAGUGGCAGCUAUACGACAUGCCAAUUUCUACUACAACAAAGAGACACCGCAGUUUUGAUCAAUACGGCAAACAAGCAGAGAAAGACUCCGCUCCAUUUUGCUGCGGAAUAUGGAUACUUGGAUAUAAUGAGAUGUAUUUUGGACAUUGUCGAUAACGGGCCCGAUUUUGAGAUAAUGGGUCCAUCCGAUAUUUCAGCCGUAUCCUCAAGGAAAGCCGUUGUUGGAGAGAUCUCACCUUCUCGACUCGCUGCUCAGAACGGCCAUCUAGCUGUUAUGACAGAGCUUCUCGAUCGUCAAGCUCGCCGCUUGAAGCAAACAUCUACCACUACGGAUAGUGCAUGGUCAAAUCUAGAUGAUGCUUACUUAUGUCUGAGAGAUGCUGCUAGCUCAGGCCAUAUCGACAUUGUAGACAAGCUUUUGAACGCUUCGGUUGUUGUCUCAAAGCCAGAUGAUCAGGAACACACACCACUGCAGUUGGCAGCUAUAUUUGGUCAUUCAGAUACUGUGGAGAAAAUAUCGGCAUCAGCUUGUCAAGAAGAUCAACAGGCAGCACUACUUCUGGCAUUACAAACAGGCGACUCUACAGUCAUUCGAAGCUUAAUGAGAAGUGGCACUCCUGUUACAAGAACCAAAUCUGGCGAGUCACCUAUUCACUUGGCUGUUGGGUCCGGUAAUAUUCAGGUUUUCCAAGAGCUACUCGAGACCGAAGAAGCACGUCUUAUAUUCCAAGGAGAACAAGAAAACUUGAUCAGUAUUGCAGCGGAAAGAAGCCACGUUCCCCUUCUAGAUCAUAUUCUCAGUGGAACGUGUAUAAGCGCAAAUGAGAAUGCCAAGGAUCGUAUUUUCCAGAGACUCAUGAAAAACACCGUUAUAUGGAAAGAUAACAGAGUCUUAGAGGCUCUACUUAACAACGGCCUUUCAUGCGAUAUGAAGGAUGCCGAAGGACAUCAGCCCUUACACAUUGCCGCGAAACACGGAAACAGAGAGACUGUUGGGCUUCUGAUUGAAGCUGGAGCCGCAAUUGACAGCAUCGCGUCUUCUGGGGGUACGCCACUCUUGAUUGCUAUUCAAGCAGAGAACAGAUCGGCAUGUGAAUCGCUUCUGGAACUCAAUGCACAUCCGGAUAUCGCGGACGACGAUGGCCUGACACCGCUUUUUCUCGCCUGCGAACAUGAGGCGUAUGAAUUUGUUAGACUGCUACUUCAGUAUGGUGCAGAUAUCGGUGCCAUCAAUCCGGGUGGCCGGACGGCGCUUCACAAGUCAGUCAAGAGCCCAGAAAUGAUGGAUAUUCUACUGGAAAAGGGUCAAGGAAAGCAUUAUGUAGAUGUCGCAGAUGCUCAACAUCAAACACCACUUCUACUAGCUGCUGCAUCAGGCAUUAACAAGACAGUACAUUGUCUCCUUGACGCCAAUGCUGACUUACACCAAACCGAUGAGAACGGUUAUACAGCAUUGCAUUUCGCUGUUUUUGGGGAGCAUCUAGAGACAACCAAGAUUCUCAUUGAUAGGGGUGCCGACUGUAAUAGAAAGGCCAAUAAUGGGCGACUACCUUUGCACUUGGCAGCAGAAAGGUGUCAUUAUGACGCCCUUGAAUACCUGCUGCCCCUCACGGAAGAUAUCAAUGUCUUGGACAGCAGAUUUGGUACUCCUUUAGCAGCGGCAGGACGAUCUUUUACACAACACGAUCAAAGUAUUCGAUGUACUAAGCUUUUAUUGCGCAAAGACGCGCAAAUAAAUUGCUUUGGAGGCAAAUUGCACUCGCCUCUACAGACAGCCGUUUGGCACGGGAAUCUUGAGCUGGUUCAACUACUACUGGAAAAUGGCGCCGAAGUAAACGCAGUUGGGGGAAACUUCCAAUCAGCUUUGAAUGCAGCUAUCAAGACUAAGCACGUGGGUAUUAUAGAACUGUUGUUGAGUCACAAUGCCGACCCAAAUAUCGAAUACAACAACCGCUCUGCUCUUGAAAAUGCUGUUUACAGUGGAAAUUUUCACAUUCUAGAGGCUUUACUAAAUGCAAUUACGGACCUUGAUCGUCAAAUAUUUGAUAAAGGCCAGAAUGCGUUCCGAAUGGCCGUCAAGACGGACAAACUCGAACUUGUCGAGCUGAUGAUGAAGAAGGGCGUCAAUGUCCAAGGUGAUCAUUCAGGCACACCUUUAUUAUCGCAUAUCGUCAACUCGUACAGCAAAUGUGUUUUGGAUUAUUUUCUUCACGAUGGUCGUGGGUAUAUUGACAUCAAUGAGCAAGAUAUAGAUGGCCAAACUGCCCUUGACUGUGCUGUACUGGCAGAUAUCGACCUCGUUGAAGUGCUAUUAGAUGCUGGUGCUGAUCCAAAUGUCCAAGAUAAAUAUGGUAACACAGCGCUUAUACAUGCUCUCAGAGGGGGAAAUACUGCUGUCGAUGAAAUACUAGCAUAUGAGGAUCGGAAGAGCCGAAUACCAGUACGAUUUGAGUUGGUUGACAAUAUCGGCAGAGGACCACUGUAUUGGGCGUGCUACUAUGGGCACAAUGAUUGCUUUGAACAUGCAAUGUUGAAACUUUCUACAUUGCAAUCUAAAAAUGCGGAAAACUCGAAAUGUUCUUUCAUCUCAGCAAUCCACGCAGCAGCUGCAGGAAAUAGGCAAAUGAUGCUACAAAAAUUGAUCGAAUAUGACAUUGAUGUCACCCGGCCCGAUAGAAAUAACUGGACUGCUCUACACACCGCCAAGGCCUAUUGUUACGAAAAGAUUCAGAGCAUGCUAGAGGAUAGGGUGCGGUCUCAGGGCAUUAAGUCACUCGAGACAAGCUUGAAUCCCCCAUCCUUGCAGCGGCCCUCGCGGUGGAAUAAGCUGGACAUGCAUAGAGCACUUAAGACAUCUGAAGACGGACUUGUGAUCUUCCUUGAAGAUCCGGCUGCAGAAGAUACAAUCAGCGGAGACUAUACAGCGAUAACUGACUUUUGCAUACCUAAUGACGAGAGGGUGUUUUACUUUGAGAUUCAAAUGACAAGGCUUGAGACAUCAGAAGACUCAAUAGGUGACCCAGAGAUUGCCGUUGGAUUGAGCGAGGAGCACAUACACUUGGAUUCAACGGUCGGCUGUGAAUCUGGAUCGUGGGGGUUUCUCGGAGAUAGCGGUCAGCUAUAUGAGCGCGGGGGCAAGAUGAAGAAGUUUCAUAAAGGCUACGGCAGCCAGCACACAGUUGGAUGCGGUAUCGACUUCUCUAAGAAUGUGGGAUUUCUUACCAAAAAUGGUCGGUAUCUAGGUCAUUUUUCAACUGCAGUCACAGGAAAACUCUAUCCAACUGUGUCUUUUGGCCAAAACCUUGUGAAGGGGUCUUGCAUAACAGCAAAUUUCGGUAAUGAUCAGGGGAUAAAGUUCAUGUAUGACCUCGAGAAGCUUGACCAAGUGAUGGAAAAGGUCAGAGAAAUAGAACGCGACCGACGAUGGAUGUAG